UAUCUAUCCUUUUUCUUUAAAUAUUAGCAUGCAAAACUUUCUUGUUUUAAAUGGGACAGUGGUCCGUAUGUCAUAUAUCGUUAUGAUGCAUGGAUAACACUUUACUUAAUAACUAGAAUACAGAGUUAUUAAACAAAGUUCAAUCGUUGAAGCCAAAGAGAGUAAGUUGGGCUGACAGACAGCUGGUGGCCUCUGUCAGUUGAGAAAAGUUUGUUUCUGAGCGCUUCUGAUAUGUUAAUUAGCUCUGCGAGUGUGCGACCCUAUUGGCUCUUCGUCCGAGUCAAUUUCCCGUUUCCAGCCUUACGUCAGGGCGGCUACAAUGCUCUUAAACUCAUCUGCUGUGUGAUCCCAGUAAAAAAUCGUCCCACUAGGUACUCAGCGGCAUCAAACGUGCGAGAGCGACUCUCGGCUUGUUUCCCCCUACACCUCUCUCCGCUCGCGUAAUGUGCUCCUGAAGAAGGCGUAAAGUGUUAAAUGUUUGAAACACAAAACCACCGUGUUUCACAUGCUGAAAGAGGACUCCGCUACUCGUGCGCGCGGCACUGCUGCGUCUGUGCAAUAGACUCCGCAAAGAAAAAACUCCUCUCGCACGCCUGCAACUCCGUGGCUGCGCAGAAAGGACGCUGCAAAACCUCGUUUUCUCUAGUUUCAAGACAAACGCUUAAAAAAUCAAACUGGCUCACGUCUUUCCCAACCAGCCCAGUUUGACAGCUGCUCUUCACCCCGCUUGGAGGACUGUCAGCAGCAGCAAGAGGAUGGCAUCAGAGCUGGCAAUGAGCAACUCCGACCUGCCCACCAGUCCCUUGGCCAUGGAAUAUGUUAAUGACUUCGAUCUGAUGAAGUUUGAAGUGAAAAAGGAGCCGGUGGAGCCCGAUCGCAACAUCAGCCAGUGCAGUCGCCUUAUCGCCGGGGGAUCCUUGUCUUCCACACCGAUGAGCACGCCUUGCAGCUCGGUGCCCCCUUCCCCAAGCUUCUCGGCGCCCAGUCCGGGCUCGGGGAGCGAGCAGAAGACACACAUAGAGGAUUUCUACUGGAUGUCCGGUUAUCAACAGCAGUUGAAUCCAGAGGCGCUGGGCUUCAGCCCCGAAGACGCAGUCGAGGCGCUCAUCAACAGCAGUCACCAGCUCCAGUCCUUCGAUGGCUACGCGAGGGGCCAGCAGUUUACUGGCGCGGCCGGGACAGGAGGCUCCAUGGCCGGGGAAGAGAUGGGCUCCGCCGCAGCCGUGGUGUCAGCUGUGAUCGCUGCGGCAGCUGCCCAGAACGGGGCGCAACACCACCACCACCAUCAUCACCACCACAACGGCAGUCACCACCAGGCACCCGGCGUUCAGUCCAACGGCACUUCUGGGACGAAUCACCCUCACAUGCGCCUGGAGGAUCGGUUCUCAGACGAGCAGCUGGUGACCAUGUCGGUGCGGGAGCUCAACCGGCAGCUGCGGGGGGUCAGCAAGGAAGAGGUGAUCCGACUGAAGCAGAAGAGGAGGACCCUAAAGAACAGAGGCUACGCUCAGUCAUGCCGGUUCAAGCGGGUUCAGCAGCGGCACGUCCUGGAGGGGGAGAAAACGCAACUCAUGCAGCAGGUCGAGCACCUAAAGCAAGAAAUCUCCAGGCUGGUCCGGGAGAGGGACGCGUACAAGGAAAAGUAUGAGAAGCUCAUCAGCAACGGCUUCAGAGAAAAUGGAUCCAGCAGUGACAACAACCCUUCAUCCCCGGAGUUUUUCAUGUCAUCAAGAAAAUUCCUCCAUCUGUGAUUUCACGCCCCUUCUUCUUUGCCCUGGGUUCUUUGAGAUAACACAACAAGGAUUAUGAUGGCAUCCAAGUGGCUGACCAGUUGCACCAAGAAACCUACAAAGCACAAAGUUAAUAAUGAAGAACUUCAAAGAAGACCAUCUAGAUUCUCUCAAAACCCCCACAUUGAAGAUCUUGAAAGUGGCAUUUUCUCUGAAUUCCCUCCUUGAUAUUUUACCUGCAGCUUUUUGUACAAAACAAGACAAAAGAAAAAAAAUAAGAGACUCAUAAUCAUGAGAUGAUUGAAAACACCAGAUAAAUACUUUCGAAAGACUAUUUUCUUUUGAGUGCGAAGAUCAAUGAUGCAUGCUACUGUAAAUAAAUCAUGAAAACAACCUUUUUCCUGAAACAGGCAGCAUACUCAAUUGUUGUCACCAAAUUCAUAAACCUUAUUACUGUGGAGUGAGUGCUCAUGAAUUGAUUUACCUCACAAAACCUGAAUACAUUUUAUGAGUCAAAAGCCCAUGAAAUGUUCAUUUUAAGUAUAAUUUUAUUGUCUUUGGUAUCAUUAUUUGAUAUGUAAAAGUAUCGCUCUUAUUUUUAUUUUUUAAGCAACAGCCUAGUCUUCCUAUCUAAUAUCCACAUUAGUAUAUGUAAAUAGAAAUGAGUGAAAGCAGCAGCAUGGACAAGACUAUAGUUUGCAUUCCCCGAAUUGGUAAACCACUCAGUAUCUCAGUAUUUUAUAAUUAAUUUUUUUUUCAUUGUAUUUGAGUAGAUGCAUAAAGGGAUUAAUUAUAGGUCUCUAACACCAGAAAUACAUUUGGUUUUGUCUCUAUCUUGUAAUGGGGAAAGACAAGGUGAAUGGGAAAUGCCAUCAAUCCACUGGCCUGACAAAACCACAAUGUUCAGCAUUUCAUCUAUGAUUUAAUGUUAGUAUUGGACAUUUUCUCCUUGUAUGUAAUUUGUGUAUUUCCAAUGCAAUAACUGUGCCCUCCUUCUAAAUGCCCAUAACUGCUGUAAGCAAAGCUGCUGUCUUAUUGGGACACAUUUUUCUUUGCACGGUUCCAAACUGUGCUCUAUACCUGAGCCUACACAUGGGGAAGCAAAAUGGAAUUCCUGCAAUGUGGACAUGAGGAGUUAUCCUCCGUCUUCCAUGAACUUUGAUGAUAACCAAAUGCACUGACAGAUGAAACACCUAGCCAACGAACAGAUGACCUCAAUAAUUAGUCCCUCACUGGCGAAGGCAGAUGACAUUUGCAUGGACAACAGAGGAAAGCUAUUGUAACUUGUUGGACAGCAAUUCUCCGCCACCGUGCAUCCUUUCUACCUCUUAAGAAAUUCGUGUCCUACCAGUGACUCCCUCUGUUAUCCCCACAGUCCACAAUUUUGCUGCAUGAAAAAAAUGAGAGCCUCAUGAAGGAAGUUCAGCACUGAUUCCUGUAUAGCAAUGGAGAAAACAUCAAAUAUUCACUUAAAAACUAAUACACUCAUUGCUUGUUGCUGUAUAUAUGUACACUAGGAUGAGUCUGUGUAGUCUCAGAUGCUGUACUCUGCAUGUUAACUUGUAGAUGGAACAUAACAACUACUCAUAGUUGAGUACAUGCACAUAGUCAAUCAGUUGACUGACUGAACCAAUGUACACUCUUUCUUAAUUUUCUAUCCCCUUUUUUCUGUUUCUCAAAAUGUACAGUAGUGUACAAAAAACAAUUUUUUUGUUCCCCCCACACUUACCUGCAGAGCUGAUAAAUCUAAACACAUUAAAGGAAAGCACACCGUCCCUUCUAAUGUCAGGCUGAAACUUGGCCAUGGCAAGCAUGAGGAGGAGAAUAGAAAGGGGAGGCAGGCUGGGUUGCUCCAGUUAAGUGGCAGCAAACAAAGUGGCAUGCGGCGUCCUGCCAACAACUGUCUAUUCAUCUUGUGUCAAAAGGAUUUGCACAUUUCAAUGAGUCUACACACUGACAGAGAGGUCCAAGAGGAGAGAGUAAGAGGAAAGGCAGGGCUUUAGAGAAAAGAUAGGGAGGAAAAUAACUAAAUUUACUUAGAAAACGUUGAAGAAUUUUAGGGAUUCAAACAACUACAUGAUCAUUUUUUUCUGACCUCCUUGGAGAGCUCAACAACCCCUUGACCUCAAACUGUUACACCAUAAUGUAACUCUCUGGGCUACUAUGACCUCACGUCCUGUCUGAGGUUAACUUUCUGUUAAUGAGCAGACCCCUUAGCUCAACCAGAUGUUCAGCCUUGUGGUCAAAUACCUGUUACCCUCUGUGAUUUAUUUUUUAAACCCUGACAGCUGCAUUUGCUUAAACUUCUAGAAAUAGUGACAGAACUUCCCCAAGUAAAAAUAAAAAUGACUAAAGGAAAUACAGUAUAAACUCUUAAGACUCUUGAGAUCAAGAGUUUUUCUUUUCAGACAGAAAAUGAUACAGGCAUGACUAAUUCCUGCGCAUUAAUUCAGAACACACUCUAAUACACAGAUGUUUUUAAGCAGAAAAUUUGGUUAGAUGUGACGUUAUGUUCUACUGUUGAGACCAUGAAGGUACACAGUUUUAGUCAAAUUUUGCACAUUGAAUAACAUGAAAUAUUUACAGUCAACUCGUAAACAAAUUUGGGCUCAUGUCUUAGCAGUGAUUAGUUAAAGAAGAUUUAAAACACAAAAAGGAUGAACAUGUCAGUCAAACAGGAAACAGGUGAGAAGAAACAAGACACUGAGUGAGUCUCUCAGACUCAAGCCUUCCACGCUUUUAGACAUUAAACAAAGUCCCAUUUCUUUUAAGAUAUACCAGUAUGUGACAGGAUAAGAUGUUUUUUUUCUAAUAGAUUUGGAUGAACGCUUCACACUCACAUGGAGAAUACAGGGUUGGACACCUCCACAUGUAGAUCUGGGUGCACACAAAUACACAGUAAGUAUUUCCCUGGUCUUUGGCUUACACAAUCUCAUAUACACAUGUUCAAACCAUGUUAAUCAAAACAGCAAGACUAUAUGUAAACAGAUCGCCUACAUAAUGGGAUUGUUCAGUGUGUAAACAAUAGGCUGUUAGCGUAAUCACAGGUCAAAGAUAUAUUACCCAGAGAGCUAUGUUGUAUGUAUAUUAUCAUGAUGGAUAUUGUAGGAGGGAGGAGGGGUGCAAGGGCACUACGAUAUUGAGCCUUACUGAUUCCGAUUUACCCCCUAUUGGGCCCCAUCCGCUGCCUUCUCUCGUCUGCUGCCUUAUUCAAGCCUCACUUAAUCAGCCUCCCGUUUUUUCUUCAUAUUCUUUCCCCCUAUUUCUUAGAAACUUGGCUCCCCUUUUUCUCAGCCACUGAUUUUUUUAUAAUACCAGAUUUAUGUCUUUAUCAACUAUACCUUUUAUCCUUUCAUCUCUUUUCCAUCGCCCUCUUUUUCUGGACAGAUAUAAUCGGCUUCAGCAAAGUCAUCAAUCCCUCUCUUUAGUCAGUGGGGUACCAGGAUAAAGAAGCCCCUGCAAUCUUGUUUUUUUCUGAGUAAGCUAACAGAAGUCUGAGUGAUAUUGACCUUUUUAAGUUGCUACACCCAUGUCUGAAAGAUAAACAAGAGCAAGAAGCAGAAAGAUGUUUUGUUGUUCCAUGCUGGAUGAUUAGGAAUUAUUUUUACAGGCAGCUAUUCUUUAAGCUCAGUGCUGGUUAACUUUUCUCCACUUUACUUGACUACCAUUUUCCUCAUAUAUUUGGGUAAAUCAGAACAUCCAAAGUCCAGGACAGAUAUAAAACAAAAAUGCUCCUUGAAGUUGCAGCUUGAACUGUGAAGUCAAAGUUUGCACAUUAGCUCCCAAGUAUAUAAUCUGUUAUGGCUGGGGAGAAUAUAUGAUUUAGUAAAAUUUGUAAGUAAUAAAUUUUUGUAUCUCAAUAAACCAGUGGCACGCCUAUUACAACAUACCUUUGUUGGUGUAGUAUAUAAAAAAUGAACAGGAAAGAAAAUAUAUUUUAAAAAAUAUCUGUCAUAAAUGCUCAUUUGAGGUAGCGCCAAAACAAAAAAAAAGGAAAUCCCAACGCUUUCUGCCUUGCAAAUAUAAUGUGUUCAGCUCAGGUGUAAUGUAACUUCUACUUCCAAAACAAACUUAAGACAGCUUAUGUCCCACAGUGCAUAGGCCUAACCAGUUCAGUGGCAGUUGUUUACGUGACAGCAGUGUAAUACUAAUCUUGAAUAAUCCGUUUAUAACAUAAUUUUUAACAACAUCCGCCACUUAAUACUGCUUGGCCACUGGUUUGAGUGAGGAAGUGGGAGUGGAGUCAAAGGUGAAAGGAUUACACAGAGCAGCAACCCAUGUCAACCGCUUUUGUUUAAUCCUGACCAAUAGGCUGAAGUAAAACUUCUGAUAAAUGAUUCACAUAAACAAUCUCUAAACAACCCAGGCACCCCAACUGUGUGAGCUGUAACUCAUUUAGCUGUUUAUGGUAAAAAAAUUUAAAAAAGAAUUUAAAAAAAGAGCUUGAUGAGUGAUGCAGAGAUACUAUGGGUUAGAGCUGCUUUAUUAGACAAGCCACAGCAAAGACAGAGAAGGCCUCCUUAUGUCACAGAGCUAAUAACUGGAAUGAAUAAUAGACGUUGUAAAGCCCUUACUCCCUCCUUAUUCUGCCCCAUACAUAAACUUGAGCUCUAUGUGGGCAGUGAGCCACCAAGCCCUUCGCAAAAAUGAGAUGGGCUCCCAAGAAGAUUGGGGGUGAAGGUGGGGGUGGAGAGAAUCGGAUUAACCAAAAUGCCUCAAUUGUAGGAAAUGCUUGGGGCUGACCUUAGUGUAAUGCCACUGACAAAUGCUGUAAACUAAAUCCUUAGUUUCUGAUUAGGCAAUCAUGGAAACCAGAAUUAACUGUGGUGAAAUUGCUCAAAUCUGUACGUAUGUUUUUCUAUGCAAAUGUUUAUAAAAGACUUGGGAUUUAUGCUUAAUACCUUUAUUGCCACUGGAGAAACAAAUAAACAGGAGAGCAAUAAAUUGCCAGAAGCUGUCAAAAGGUACCAUUUCAGUCAGCACAGUUUGACUGUGCAGUCUGGCUUCUGACAGCUUUAUUUAGUCUUUAGCACCUGAGCCAGAAAGCAGAGAGCAAAUUGUUGGCACAAAAAGUAGCUUAACUAGAUUCCAAUCUGCCUUCUUUGAGAAACAAUUGAUGUAGCUAAUGCACAUGAAAAACAAGGAGCAGGUUUUUGGUCUGUGUUUACUUUACUUGAGGAUCAAACACAAAGGGCCUGGAAGAAAGGUAACAGUCUAGAUUUAAUUUGAAUCUUUUCCUGCUAUCUGAGCCUGAUCAGAUGGCAUGACUACUGAAAUGAUGUUUCAGCUUGUCUUCAGGGUGUAAAAUACAGAUUAAAGGGGCUCAACUGCUUCUUUAAUGGAGGCGUGCUGUUCUCCUUGCUGUGAUCAGGGUGUAAUCCUUCAGUUUUAAAAGAAGUGAAAAGUUUGUGGUGUCCAGAAAGUUACAAAUAUGUCUCUUCUGGCCCCCCUACAGAGCUGAGAGUGGUAGACAGCAGGGGAUAACCAUAUGUCUUCCAACUGUGUUUCAAAGCUCCCAUCGUUUGCUAGCUAAAUUGUAUGAUAUCAUUAUAUACACCUGGCAAAAAAUAAAGAGCUACCGUUAUGCAUCUCAAUGUGCAAAGUAAAACGUAAUGUUUUCAAAACUAAGGUUUCUUUAAAUAGCAAAGGGACGUAACUUUACUUACUUUAUGUUGAUCAUUUGGAAGGGUCAGCUCAUCACUUUGUUUUUACAUGCUUUUAAAAUACUGUUGCUCGUGAACAAUUAAAAGUUUAUGAUAUCCCACCACUACGAGCCCCUUUGCUGUUGCUUGAGGUUAAUUUGUGCUCACCCCUCAUUUCAAUUGUUCUGUGGUAAAUGUCCACAUUAUUUCCCACAUGUGCCUGAAUGAGGGGUAUGAUUAUCAAAAGGUAGACCUUAUGGGUAGCUGUUAUAUUAUCAAAUGGGUUGUAAGCUGCAGUAACAGAUUCUGGGGUCUUAUUGCUAUGGCAAUCAGCCCCUUGCCACUUGGUCUUUCCUGACCCCAGUCAGAGAUAAGCUUUAUGGGAAAGCACAUUAACAUACUCUGGCAGUCACCUCACUCCUUGAUCAAAGGCAGUCCUGUGAAAUCAAGUGUUUAUGGACCCCUAGUGAGAGGACAGUGCUGCUGAUUGCCCAUAUUAGAGGUUGACUGUAAAUGAGCUGGAGAUGGACAAAGGACUCGUAGCAGUGGGGAAAACUGAGGACGGGAUACUGAUGUUCUUGCUAAAUGAGCAAUAAUUUUAAUGACCCAUGAGCAGGAUACUCUUCCCUAAAAAUACUGUCAUUAGAAUCACUAAAUGGAAAAUGUUUUUUUUGUUUGUUUUUUUAACACUGGAAGUAAAUUUAUUUCAUUCAUUAUUUUAGAUAAAAAAACAAAACAAAAGUUUUUCAUUAGCUAAUAUGAAACAUGCCUAUACAACCUGGUACUGACACUUUGGAGCCAAUGCAUUAUAUUGUAAGUUUAAAAGAAAUUAUUUUAUUUUACCAUUGUCUUUUUUCUAUUAAGAUACAUUGACGCUAAAUGUCCUUUAGAUUUUUUUUAAAAUUAUUAUUAUUAUUUCUAUUUUUACUCUUUAUUUUAAUACGGGCAUUUUACUUUGGCUACUAAAAAGCAUAGCAUUUAAGAAAAUAAAACGAUGUUAGCUGCUGUGAGUGCCUGCUUACAGCCUGAUCACUUGUGUAAAAUCCUCUCAGCGUGUCUACAAUGAUGGAUGGUGAUAGCCCUGUGUCUUUGUACACAACAGGGGGGACCUACUGUUGUCACCGGACAGAUACAGGGAGUUGCAAAGAGAAAGAUGUAACCACAGCUUAAUGUCCUUCUCUGGUGCUGUGCAUGCUCUUUCCUAUUUGCUUUUCCCUUCACGGCACGGUUAACAUCGUAAAUUAACCUUUCCAAGCCCCCUGUGCUUACAAGCUGGCGCACAAUACAAAGGAAAAAAUAGAUCUUUGUUAUGCAAUGCGGAUGGUGCUGGUCAGAGACACAGCCUGUUACAGUGUUCAGUUAUUUCUUUUUUCAGUGAUGGGGAUAAAACAAUAUAAGUUGUUCAGUCAAGCAUACUUUAUGUGCAUGUCCUGUGUACUCUGCAAAUCCAUACGAGGCUGGUUUCUGUUCUCCAUCUUGGAAAUGUAAAUGAAACACAUGAAACAAAAUGUACUCUAGGUCCUUCUUUUCUUAGGUCAAUCUUGUAAAUAAAAUGUAAAUAACAAACAGCUAUGCAUGCUAAUGUACACGCAAUUUGUUCAGGUACUUUUGUAAUCCAGACUGCUCAUAUGGCAUGUAAUAAUGACAAAAAGCAAAAGUGGAAACAGCAUAAUAAAUUGUGAACAACAAUAUGGUUUGUAAUGAUGUCAAAAAGGGAAAAAUAUGUCUUAGCUGGUAAUGUUUUCUUACUGAUAAGUAUUGCAUUGGCCUGCCAUUUACUCCAGUGCUGUGCUCAUGUUACUUGAUUUUUUUUUUUUUCCAAGAGGUGAGGUAAGGGCAAAUAUGAUAAUAAAUUACCAGUCUGUGGAAUAGUGUAAGUAGCAGUCAAAAUGAGGACAAGCUGGUGUUCUGGCUGUUUUGUGUUUAAUUCUUGAUUGCCACUGCAUGCUGACAUGCAUACUCCUAUUAAUAGCUGAGUAUGAAACACAACAAAUACAAUUUUUCAAAACUGAGCUGCCAUUAGAGUUGUGUCAGCAGAAAAGAAGGCACAUCACCAGCUAUAUCAAGUGUAGUUUUGAAAGGAUACGCUACUGGAAAUAAAUGCAACUUACAUGAAUAGAACAAUUAUUUUUGCUGAUUCAGAUUUUUCCAAUAAUUACUAACAUGGAAAGUGUACUCAAGUAAAUAACUUGUUUUUUUUUCAUUUUGGAAUUUGUUUCCGCUUUUGUAAAACAAUGUUUAGUUAAAAAAA